AUGUGUGAAUGGUUGUCGUACGGAGAAUGGUGCGAUGUGAAACUACUGUGUGGCGGGCGCGCAUUCAGCGCGCAUCGUGCUGUGCUUGCAAGUGUUAGCACUUUUCUUAGACGCAUUCUACUUUCCUGCCCUAACGAUGAAACGCCAGCAUUUAUAUUGCUACCCGAGUUUGAUCUUGAUGCUAUGGCGUCAGUCCUUUACUACAUUUAUAACGGCGAAGUCAUAGUAAAAAAACAUAAAUUAGAAAUGUUCUUAGAUAUAAUAAAAGCGAUGCAAAUAUUUGUUGACAAUCAAUAUUUACCGCAAUACAUAGAGAGCAAUUACCAAGAUUCAAACCUGAUUGGUCAAAAGGAAGCUGAUUUGUGUAAAAAUAAUAUAUUUACUUUAGGAGUAGAUGACUCCACAGAUCAAGGAUAUAUUAAUUUAAAAAGAGGCGUUAUUAACAAGGAUCUGCUGUUACAACAUUCAGAGAGCAACUCUGAUUGUACCGAUAAGCUAAUGUAUAGUCAAAAUCCAAGUGAAGAGCGUAGGACUCCUUUAGGAAAUCUGAAAUCGCCAUAUGGAGACCGACAAAGGAACUCUUACCUACGUGAUUUAUUUAUCGAGACAUAUCCUCGAAACGGUAAUGUUAACGGUCUCACGUCAGGCGUGCUAGCAAUAUCAAAUGAAUGCUAUCGUGCUCCGGCAUCUGUGCUCUUAACGAAUGCAAAUGGCAAACAUCUCAACGAUACACUCUUAGAACCAUAUAAAAAAACAAGUGAGCACAUUGGUAAUUCACCUUCAGUAUUCCACAUUCAUAAGCAGCAGCGAUGCACUCGGGGUGAACAAGAUUACGGUGAAACUUCCAAAAGUUUCUGUGACUCUUUCGCAAAUGUUUGCUCGGUUAGAAAAAUUAAUACUAAGUACGUGUUUGACUCAGAAAGCAGAAAUUAUAGCAAAAACGAUUGGAUGAAUCAUGUGUCUAUACCUAAAAACAGUAUUUUUCAAAUAGGUGUUCAGGAUCAACUUUUGUCUGGGUUGUACGUACCUUCUCUAGAUUACAGCGUUACACCAUUGAUGUUCAAUUCAGUAAAAUCGAUAAGAAAUAAGACAUCUACGUCAAGUUCAAUUCUAUCUAGUGAUCGUAAUGAAGACGGUUUGAAGGAAAUGGACACGACUUCAAUGCCGAAGGUUACUAUUCUAAAUCACGUACUUGACAGCCCGUGGAGCCCACGUAAACCUAUAAACUACAAACCAUUUCGUAGGAAAGUUGAAGGCAGCUUGCAAAAAAUGACUAAUCAAAAAGAAAUUGAAAAAACUCUUCAUAAUUAUAGUAAUAAUAAUGUUGAGCAAUCACCAACAUUAACGAAUAUCGUACAAGGAAGGGAGGUUAUGGCUUUCACGAUAAAGGAGAAAAUAAAGACUCCAACGGGGAUAACUGUUAAUCGCAAUGAUGACUUUAAGUGCUCAAUUUGUAAUCAGGCAUUCACCAGUAGUGAUUUGUUAUCGGUUCAUAUGCGACGGCAUUCCGCGAACGCGCGAUAUACAUGCGGCGAGUGCAACAAGACGUUCUCACAGUUGAGGAACUUCAAGUACCAUAUGUCGAUACAUCGCGGCACCAGAGAGUUUGCUGCAACUUGCACGGUGUGCGGCAAAUAUUUCAACGAUAGAGGCUAUUUGAGUAGUCACAUGAAAAUUCACAGAAAUCGAAAGGAAUACAAGUGCACACUCUGUCCAAAAUCAUUUAACCAACGUGUGGCAUAUAACAUGCACGUGAGAAUUCAUACAGGAGUAAAGCCUCAUGUGUGUGAGCAAUGUGGAAAAGCCUUUUCUCGUAAGAUGUUGUUAAAGCAGCACCAACGAACGCACUCGGGCGAGCGGCCCUACGCCUGCCCACACUGCGAAAAGCGCUUCGCCGACCGUUCCAAUAUGACCCUACAUUUGAGAUUGCAUACUGGAAUAAAGCCGUUUUCGUGCUCUUUAUGUCCUAAGUCGUUCACGAAGAAGCACCAUCUGAAGUCACACUUGAACUUUCACACCGGUUCCAAACCUUACUCAUGUCCACGUUGCAAACUGGCUUUUACACAAUCGUCGAACAUGAGGACUCAUCUCAAAAAGUGUCGAGUCCCUGAAUCCACACCGGAUACCUAA